AUGACAAAGCCUAACAAUAAAACCAAACACACAAACGAGCCGCAUCUAGAGCCAACUUCCGAAGUGUCCAACCCCGCGGCACUGCGAGCCGCCUCGCAGGUUAAUAUCGUAAUCCACGCGGCGAAGCGCCCCCAUUCCCCCGGACCCCACCCCAUUCCCCCGCGAAAGCGACUUCGCGAUCCCUUUCAAUCCGACGAGGCGGCGAAUGCGGAUGCGGAGAGGUCCCUCGACAGCGAUGUAAUUCCAACUGACAAGACGGCCGAUUCACCUCUCGCGAUGUCGGACGGGUCGACUUCGAGGGCGCGGCCGCUGAACGACCCCGACUUUUACGUCCCUUGGGACUUACGCCAGGCCAAACACGCCAAACGAUUCGUGUUUUUUGACUUUUUGCGAAUACCGCGGUUUUGGGAGCAGCUGGAGUUCGCCCUGCGGGUGACCCUCCUCGCCGCGGUGAUUCCCGCCCUCUUCAUGACGAUCCCAGGCCUGCCCAAUCCAUUUGUCUCCUACGUCUUUGUCUUUUCCUCGAUGGCCUUGGCGUCUCGGGUUUAUGUGGGGGAAUCGCUUUCUUACGUCUUUUCCUGGCUUCGCGCGGGGGCUUUGUGGGUCCCGUUGACGAUGUUGGCGGCCGCACUCCACCUUGGGCAUAACGUGGCCUGGUGGGGAGUGUACUACGCUUUACUUUUAUUCGUUAUCGCGCUUUUCACCGAGGACAUUUCGCGUCGCAUUUGUCUUUAUUUGUUUAACGUGUGCAUGAUAACGCUGUUAAUGCGUAAGACGCAUGAUCUCAUCUACCCAUGUCGAGUAAUGGCGGACUGGUGUAUUGGGAUUGUCCUCUGCACGAUCUCCACCUUUAUCCCGUACCCACGAUUCUGCUAUAAACAUGCGGAGAAUUUAAUCUGGCAAAUUGCGAAAACUACAGGGAACACCCUUCAGGGAAUCACGCAUUCGUUCUGGAGCAAGUCGAACGUCACGCGAAAUAUGGCCAUCUCCAGGGUGCGCGUCUUGGAGGAGUCCCUCAACGCGAAGCUGGUGGAGUUGGAGAGCUACCAAAGCCUCACAAUGUAUGAGUUCUUUGCAGAAUCCUCCGAGGCCCGUCAAAUACGAGCGCUGAAAAUUGCCUUGUUUGAACGAUUGCGCGUCAACAUCAGUACCUUGUUGAGGGUUUUAACCAUGGUGGAGACUAAUCCAGCCGUGGUGGACGACUCCGCGCGUUCUCAAGCCUUCAAAGCGAUUAUCGUUCCGCACUUGGCCGCGGUUUCGUCCGCGUUCGAUCAGUUAAUGACCGGGAUCGCCCUUGCUCGGAGUACGUCGGCGAUUCGAAAACUCAAACCCUCCUUUGAUUUGGUCUACAAAUGCACCUCAAGACUACAAGAAGACUUCACCAUGGCGCGUCGGAUGUUCCUUUACGAGAGUACUUACGAUACAAUGGAGACCUUCUUCCCACUCAUGGCUGUUUAUCUCUUCACGUUGGUAUCGUUUAGUGAGGCAGUGGGUGUUUUUCAGAGCGAUAUGGACGAACUCCAUACCUGCCUUGGGGAGUUGUUUAUGACAUUGUUUCGCACAACCACCUAUAAACCCUUUUGUAAAAAUCUAAUCUUUAUAAAAACGCUUUUUUUGACGGGGAAUCGGCGAGAGGUCCAGCGCGUUAUUGAAGCGGCGAAGGUAAGUGGUGCGAUGGUCCUGACCCUCGGCCUUACCUAUUUCAUGGAUAUUCAUCAAUCCCACUUUACCGGGCCCAAUAUUAUUGCCUUUGUUUCGGGAAUGAACCCGGUGGAAUCUCUUCAGGCCUCGAUUGUGCGGCUCACAGGUUGCCUCAUCGGUAGUGUUUUGGGCUUCCUUGCAGGGGCCUACUCGGAUACGGAGGCGGAACGUGUUUCUUUAUUAUGCCUUCUCAUCUUUUUCUUCACCUUUUUCCGAAACGACAAGGACUAUGGCAUCAUGUCGGUCUAUGCGAUGUUUGUGAUCAUCCCACUGAACGCCAUCAAUCGACCGACCGUGAAAGAAACCAUGGAUCGUAUGAACCAAAAUACGAUCGGUAUUUUUAUCUAUCUAUUGAUCAGCAUUUUGAUACUUCCCUUGUCCCCAAGUGUGAUCCUACGCGCAAAGCGAGUCAAUAUUCUCAAACGAAUCAACGAAGCCCUGAGCAGCAUUCUCGAUUUAUUUUACGAUCCGUUCAUUGGUGUGUUAGCAGAUAGCAAUUCUAACACGCAACCCACGCACAAAAUUGUGAAUAUUGACGAUCACAAUGAUGCUAAAGCGCAUAACAGCAUGAACUCACCUUCUCCUUACUACUCCUUACGCACAAUGCGGAUUCCCGAUGAUCAUCUAUCCAAAAUUACCACCAUUCUAAAUGAUAUCCAUCAUCGUAUUAAGGCCUCUAAGCCAUACGUGAACUUUUCAAAAGAGGAACGUGGCCUUGUCGAGGUUGAUUACCCCGUGCGAGCAUGCGCCGAAACCUAUGAGCAUAUGCGGAUUAUGCUUCUUUUGCUCCGGGCUAUGUGGAUGAGCUGGCGAUUGUUCCGUCGACAACGUUUAUACACUAAAGAGAUGCGCCGGUUGAUGGUCCAUCUUCAGCCGGUUGUGGCUCGUAUCUCCAACUCCUUCAGUAGUAUUAUGAAUCUCAUCAUCUACAGCAUUCAGAACCCCACGACAAACCUCGAAGGGGAGAUUAUGAAAUCCGUGUUGAACCUUCUGAAGUCCUGCAAGGAACUUCAGGCCCGAAUGAACGAGAUGUUAGUUUUAUUAAUCGCGGAGUCUGUCGAGCGAUUCCGUGAUCCCGCUACCGAGGGGGAACCACCCAAAAGGCUUUUCAAGAAUGGGGCCUCUUCAACCCAUCCGGACACCACUUUCGGUUCAACGACCGCAAACAUUUCGAAAGGGGCUGGCGAUUUUGCGCACACCGCCGUGGCCUUACAGUUUCCAAAAGCUGAGAUCGAUAGAAAACACGCCUUGAGUCGUCAUAGACUACACCAUUUGUCUCUUCCGUUUUCGAAAUUCUACAGCAACGGAUCGGAUACCAACCAAACAAACGCAAGGUCCUCGCGAUAUGAUAUGGCAGAUGAGAGUAGUAUUGAGGUUAUAAGGAAGGGUACGCUCAAUAAAAAACAGCGUGAGGGGCACCAUGUUCUGGUGCCCCUCCUGGAGAACUUCGAGUUUCCAAUAUCGUCUGAAGACUCCGAGUCUUUGCAUUCUUUUGCGCUUUCCUUGCUUAUGUUUGCAAAUGAAACGAAGAUGCUGAUGACAAGUAUUCAGGUAAUGACGGACCAUGCGUGUUCGAAAAAAUAA